UACUGGUAACCUUUGGGCCUUUUUACCGACGACAAUCUAGACGUACACAUAAAGCACACACACACUAACACUCACCUUAUCACUGGUACAAGCAGGAGACAAACAGAUCAAUACAGACACCACUUGCAACAGUCAUAAUGGACACCAUGCAGUCACAGUCAGAACCGGAGGACGAAAUGUCGUCUCAACAGGAGGUUUCUCGAGAUUUUAACACUCAUGGGCAUUCAGGCUCUCAUCAUAAAUCAUCUGGGCAAGGUAUGUUUACAGAGAAAGGUCGGUCUGCAUUUUCACGACACCGCGUGGUUAUACUGAGUCUGGGCCUGCUGAAUGCCGUUCUGCUGUUAACUGCUGCUGUCAUUGGGAUUUACUGUGCCAAAGCCCAAAACAAUUUCCUUCAAGGUCCCAAUUCAGCUGCGAAUUCUCUCGUCGUUGAAGUGAACUAUCUCCGCAACCAAAGCGGUAUCAACAAAGCUACACUGGAGGCCCAGUCUGCACUGGCGAAAGAGCGUACCGACCAUUUCCAGCUAAAGAUGCAAGUGAAGCAGCAGAAGGCCCUCACUGACAGCUUUCAGGGACGGAUUGAGACGCUUCAGACACAGAGGGCAAAUCUGCAGUCUAAUAAAACCACCUUAGAGGAAAACUGUGGCAGAUGCCGACCAGGAUGGAUUGUCCUUAAAUCAUCCUGCUAUUAUUUUUCUUCUCGCCAAGCGGCUAACUCUAAAAAGAACUGGCUGGACAGCAGAGCAGAUUGUAUUCAACAAGGAGGCGACCUGCUUGUGAUAAAUACAUUGGAGGAGCAGCAAUUCAUGAGUGACAAUGUGCCAAGGCUGAGCUCUCCCGUGUGGUGGCAGAGCGGAUAUUGGAUUGGCCUCACUGAUGUUGCGAUGCCGGGUGCGUGGGUCUGGGUUAACAACGUGACUGAGGUGGACACAGCGUACUGGAGAUUCGGGCAGCCUAACCAUAAUGGACCUCAGAGUGGGAACUGUGCUGCUUUUUAUUACCAUUCUGAUAAUGUAAAGACGUGGUACAAUGGAAACUGCCAGGACCAUCAGUUGAGCUGGAUAUGUGAGAUGGAGCCAAGCUAGACAAGAAACUUCCCAAAAUGUAGAUACUUUAAAGUUGAACGCUUUCUUCCGGUAUAUAUGGAAUAACAACACACACCUGUGUGCUAGUGUGCAGUAGACAAUGCCUUUUCUGUCAUUUUUGUUUAAGCAGAAAAUAACUUUUUCUCGGUGUGAAAAUGCCAGAAAUCUCUAUCUCAGUCUCAUAAAGCACAAGAUGUCCAGUUGUAUGUGGAAGAAAAUGUUGUGCUUUGACUGAAUAAAAAUAAAGUGAAACCUACAGAAA